AUGCCUAAUCAUCAUCUGGGCAAGUACAUCAGCGACGCGGUUAUAAACCGGUUUUUCGCCCAACUCCAAGUCGCCGAUCCAGAACGCCAGCAGACCCUCGACUCUGGUGACUGGCAUUUGUUGGAGGACCCCGAAUUCAACAGCAAGAACCGUGCCGAGCUCCGAGCGUCAAGAGCCAUCAAGGAAAAGGGCAAGCUAUUCUGGCCAGAGGACCUAUUCGGUGCGAAGGCAACAGCGUACAAGAUUGCGUUCGACCACCAUCAUGCUACGCUGGGCGACCCAAUUCGCCAUAUCUACAUCAGCGGCAUGGAUUCGUGGCUGGCUUCAACCUUCAAACUCAUGUGCGACGAGCUCAAGGAAUUUUCUAGAUGCCAAGUAGCGUCUUUCAACCCAAGCGCCGUUGCCGUGCAUGCCAACCCUCUCGCUGGCCCCCUCGAGCUGCGAGCCGUCGUCCACCAGCUGAUCACGGGUUUUCCGGGCCUGAAACUUCUCUGGCUUCAUGUUGGCCACCAGCUGGCCGAACUAUCGGUUUUGGCCGAAGUCAAGACACCGUCCAUCGUCGCCUGCUGUUGGAUGAGCCAGAAGAAAGUAGAGCGUCCGCACACGAUGACGUACGAAAGGAGUGCCGUCCUCGCCAAGCAGCUCGAACAGAUCCUCGAGCCGGCUCUUGCCACUCUGAUCUUGCAAUGGGAACGUGAUGAGCGUGAGAUCGAUUACAUUGUCCUCUACUCACACUGCGUCAGCGGCGCCGAUCUGGUCAAGUGGGAUAAGCUGACGCCAAAAGUCGCUCUUCUCGCCGGAAAUCUCGCUGACGGAAAGUCCGAUGCAAUCCAAAUGCACGGCGACCCCAGGACGUAUCUGAUCCGUCGUCGCCACGGGAGCAACGAGGGCCUCCUCAUCGCCGUCCGGAAGAAUCUGGUCUUCCUGACCACGUGCGACUACAACUUCCGCAGGCACGUUACCUUGACCGAGUGCAUCAAAUAUGCCAACGCCGUGAUGCACGCUCAAGGACAGGUCGGCCCGAGCCCCCCGAUGCGCUACGACCAGAACGGCAAAAGGCUGGUGCCGCCACCGUACACGGUUAUAGAGCGUCUCUCCCACAAGCGCCGUUUCGACGCCCGCGCCGAGCAGUUUUGGAAUGAUCCGGCCUACAGUGCGACUCCGAAGCGGGAAUUGGCGCUCCACCAUUCCUUCCCGCAACUCGGCCUCGACAUCACGUUCGACGACCUCGAACCGGUGCUCGAAUACUAUUCCCAGCACCUCUACAAGGCCAACUACUAC